AAUCACUUUGGAAUUAUGGAGAUAAUGGCAUAAUUUAGAAGUAAACGACUAUUUCACUUAUAAGUAAUGUACAACAUUGUUAUAGUACACUGAGGAACUGUGUCUGAGGAAUUGAAGUGUCUGAGGAAUUGAAAAAAACAUUUGAGUACAAUGCAGCUGAAUAAAGAAGAUGAGAGAGAACAUUGUUCACUGAUUUCCGAAGGAUCAACACAUGGAAAUGAAUAUCUAGAUCCAUUGGUUGGAACAAAUUAUGUUGUGGAGGACUGUAUAAGACCAGAUGUGGAGGAAGAAUUAGGAUAUGGCGAAGAGGAGGAAGCAGAGGAGGAGGAGAAGGAAGAGGAUGAUGACAUCUAUGAUGACAACUAUGAUGAUGACAUAGUUAGCAAAUUCAGUCACUGUCAGGUGUGGCAGCCAAAAAGAAAGAAAGGAGAGAAAUUUGGGCAGCUGAGAGAGAUAACAGGAGAGGACUAUGUAAAAGAGGUUACGCAUGCAGGGAGAGGGGUCAAAGUUGUUCUUUUCCUAUACAGGCCAGGGAUUCCAUUGUGCUUCCUCUUGAAUCACCACUUCUUAAGUCUGGCUCCCAAAUUCCAUGACACCAAGUUCCUCAGAAUUCUUGACAGCAGCUGUGUCCCAAACUAUCCAGAGAGGCACCUCCCUACGGUGUUUAUCUAUGAAAAUGGCUGCCUGAGGAAUAGUAUGAUAGGUGAACAAGAAUGUGGAGGCAGAAAUGUUCUUGAAGAAGAACUGAAAUGGCUUCUGUAUUUUGUGGGGGCCAUAGACUGAGAGCUGUGUCCUCCUUGGUUUGGUACUGCAGCAUUUUUUGCUUUGAAAUGAAUAAAGAUGUAGUUCAAA